GCCGAAAAGCAUAUAGUGUUGAGUUUUUUGCAGCUAGGAUAAUAAAUUAAUUAAUGCGCGUAUUUAAUGUGCAGCAGUACACAACAAUCACGUGAAGAUAACACAAAAUACACGCAACAACGACAGCUUAAGCUCGUGCCGUGUAAGACAUGUUGACGCACAAAACUUGCCAGGCCAGAAAAAAAAUGCAGGUUUCCUUUGUGAUACGAGACGCGGAGGAGAAACAGCAUCGGAAUGGCGUUAACGCUCUGCAAUUGGAUAGCAACAAUGGCAAGUUGUAUUCGGCGGGUCGAGAUGCCAUUAUACGGGUCUGGAACACACGCACGGAAUCCAACGAUAAGUAUAUACAAUCUAUGGAGCAUCACAACGACUGGGUCAACGACAUUGUGCUCUGCUGUAACGGCAGAAAUUUGAUCAGCGCCAGCUGUGAUACCACUGUGAAGGUAUGGAAUGCACACAAAGGCUUUUGCAUGUCCACACUGCGCACGCAUCGCGAUUAUGUGCAGGCGCUGGCAUAUGCCAAGGAUCGGGAACAAGUGGCCAGUGCAGGCCUGGAUAAGGCCAUAUUUCUGUGGGAUGUGAAUACGCUAACAGCUUUAACUGCCAGCAACAAUACCGUUACAACCUCUAGUCUGACAGGCUCGAAGGACUCAAUAUACAGCCUGGCCAUGAAUCCCUCCGGAACCGUUAUUGUCAGCGGGUCUACGGAGAACAUAUUGCGCAUAUGGGAUCCGCGAACUUGCAUGCGCAGCAUGAAGCUGCGCGGCCACACAGAGAACGUACGCUGCCUCGUUGUAUCACCGGAUGGCAAUCAGGUUGUCUCCGGCAGCUCUGAUGGCACCAUUAAGGUGUGGAACUUGGGCCAACAGCGUUGCAUACAGACAAUACACGUCCACAAGGAGGGCGUGUGGUCGUUGCUUAUGAGCGAGAAUUUUCAGUACAUUAUUUCGGGCAGCAGAGACCGAAACAUAAUUGUAACGGAAAUGCGCAAUCCCAGCAACAAGAUGCUUGUAUGUGAGGAGAAGGCGCCAGUGCUCAGUUUGGGCUAUAAUAUCGAUAAAACAGGUGUAUGGGCGACUACCUGGAAUUCGGAUAUACGUUGCUGGAAGCUGCCCAUGUAUGACAGAUGCACGCUCAGCUCUGGGGGCAUGGAUGCACAGUGGACAAUGGGUGGCACAGAGCUGGCGUGCAUUAAAGGUGGAGCGGCGAUCAAGGAGUGCACGGUGCUUAACGAUAAACGCUAUAUCAUUACAAAAGACUCGCAGGAUCAGGUUGUGGUCUAUGACGUGCUACGUGUGAUCAAAAAAGAAGAACUGGGUCCCGUCGACUACGAAGAGGAAGUGAAGAAGCGUAACAAACAAGUCUACAUUCCAAAUUGGUUUACUGUUGAUUUAAAAACCGGCAUGCCAACGAUAGUUUUAGGUCAAGAGGAGGUUGAUUGCUUUGCGGCUUGGGUAUCCAUAGAAGCCGGUCUACCUGAAUGUGAUGAUCCGACAACAGAGAUCAAAAUAAAUUAUGGAAAGCUACUUUUGGAGGCGCUGCUGGAGUAUUGGACUCCGCCACAUAGUAUGCCGCCAAAUGAUAUGGAGCCCGACGUGCGCGGCAAUGGCUAUUUUCAAGUGCCCAAACACACACCUGUCAUAUUUAGUGAGGUGGGUGGACGCACCGUGUGUCGACUGCUGGUGCGCGACGCUGCGGGCGACAGUGAGAGCACACUGCUCCAUGAGACGGCGCCGCAAUGGGUGACGGACGUUGUGAUCGAAAGAAAUAUACCCAAAUUCCUAAAAAUACCGUUCUUCCUGCAGCCACAUCCACAAAUGACCAAGCCCGAGCGCACCAAAAAGGAUCGCCUGGUGGCCAACGAGUUUAUACAGUGCCGCAAGGUGUGCGAGCAUGUGCUGGAGAAGGUGCUUAAUGCGGAAACAACGCCUAGCGGCGGCAAUGCUAACAACUCAUUACAAAAUAGUCAAAGCGAUGCCAAUUCGGAGGGAUCUCAGCUGCCAGCGGAGGAGCGCAUAGAGUUGUGGUGCAACGAUGUGAUCGUUGAUCCGAAUAUGGAUCUGCGUACAGUGCGUCAUUUUAUAUGGAAGCAAUCGACUGAUUUAACAUUUCAAUAUAAAACAAAGCAGAACUUUAACUUUGAUGGUUCAAUCGGUGAUAGCUUGGAGCGCGUGACUCGCAAGUAUUGAGCGCGGUUCAGCUACCAGAGUAUUGUGCUUUACCUAAGG